UCGCGCCAAAAUCGAAUCAAGAUGGCCGCCGGCGAGGAGCAGUGAACAUUGAAAAAAAAUUAUUAGAGUUCGUUGACGAGGAGUGAGGAUUUCGUUGGACUCAAAUUUCUGCAUUUUCUCUUUGUUUUAUUAAUAUGGUGCAAAUUUUCGUAAACUAUCAUCCUGCCGAGAAGGAUUGGAUGAUAAUCGAGUUGCAAGGUAUACUUGAGAGUAAUCAAACUGGGGGAUAUAAUGGACUACCUAUUGGAGAUUUACAUUUUGAUGGAAAGGGUCAGCCAUUAUUAAUUAUUGGCCAUCACCUUCUAAGUGGCAAGAUUGUGUCACUUGAAAAACCAUUUGCUGUGCUAAAGAAGUCUUAUAUUGAAAAGGAGCUGGAGUCGACCUCAACGGAGUACACUGUUCAGGCUUUAAUUCGUAAGAAGAUUAUAUUCAAGACUCGCCCUAAACCAAUAAUUAUGAAAAACAAGAUUGAAAAAUGAUAAAGGUACUCAUUGUUAACAUUUGUAAUUUUGUAUAGAUAUAUCACUGUGUGAUGUCGCUCAAAGUGCUCACCCUUGAUAGACAAACCUAUCCAUAUGAUCCUGUGAUUAUUUUCGUUAGUUUAGUUGAUUACUCCGAAUGUGGUUAGAAAGACUUAAGUUUUUUUCUUUACUUUACUUUUUUCGAGUCGGACUUUUUAGAUUUUUUUCGUUACUUAAGUCUGCAUGUUAGGAACAUGAUCCUGAACUCCCUCGCCAGUUUUC